GCCGCCUCCGGGACGCAGGUGGAGCGGGCAGGGCGCGGGCACCAUGAGCAGCGGCGCCAACAUCACCUAUGCCAGCCGCAAGCGGCGCAAGCCGGUGCAGAAAACAGUAAAGCCUGUCCCUGCUGAAGGAGUUAAGUCAAAUCCUUCUAAGCGACAUAGAGACCGGCUGAACACAGAGUUAGACCGCCUGGCCAGCCUGCUGCCCUUCCCACAGGAUGUUAUUAAUAAGCUGGACAAACUCUCUGUUCUUAGACUCAGCGUCAGCUACCUGAGGGCCAAGAGCUUCUUUGAUGUUGCAUUAAAAUCCACCCCCGCUGACAGAAAUGGAAGCCAGGACCAGUGUAGAGGACAAGUCAGAGACUGGCAGGACUUGCAAGAAGGAGAGUUCUUGUUACAGGCCCUGAACGGCUUUGUUCUGGUUGUCACGGCAGAUGCUUUGAUCUUCUAUGCUUCCUCCACUAUCCAAGAUUACCUGGGCUUUCAGCAAUCUGAUGUCAUACAUCAGAGCGUAUAUGAGCUUAUCCAUACAGAAGACCGAGCGGAGUUCCAGCGCCAGCUCCACUGGGCUCUAAACCCCUCACAGAGCACAGACUCUGCACAAGGAUUGGACGAAGCCCAUGGCUUCUCACAGCCAGCUGUCUAUUACACCCCAGACCAGCUUCCUCCAGAGAACGCUUCUUUCAUGGAGAGGUGCUUCAGAUGCCGGCUGAGAUGCCUGCUGGAUAAUUCAUCUGGUUUUCUGGCAAUGAAUUUCCAAGGGAGGUUAAAGUAUCUUCAUGGACAGAACAAGAAAGGGAAGGACGGAGCAUUGCUUCCUCCACAGCUGGCUUUGUUUGCAAUAGCUACUCCACUUCAGCCACCGUCCAUUCUGGAAAUUCGAACCAAAAACUUCAUCUUCAGGACCAAACACAAGCUGGACUUCACACCUAUUGGCUGUGAUGCCAAAGGGCAGCUUAUUUUGGGCUAUACAGAAGUAGAACUGUGCACAAGAGGCUCGGGAUAUCAGUUCAUCCACGCUGCUGACAUGCUUCACUGUGCAGAAUCCCACAUCCGCAUGAUUAAGACUGGAGAAAGUGGCAUGACAGUUUUCCGGCUUCUUGCAAAACACAGUCGAUGGAGGUGGGUCCAGUCCAAUGCACGCCUGAUUUACAGGAACGGAAGACCAGAUUACAUCAUUGCGACUCAGAGACCACUAACGGACGAAGAAGGACGAGAGCAUUUACAGAAGCGGAGUAUGACGCUGCCCUUCAUGUUUGCUACUGGAGAGGCUGUGUUGUACGAAGUCUCCAGCCCGUUCUCUCCCUUAAUGGAUCCCUUACCAAUACGCACCAAAAGCAACACUAGUAGGAAAGACUGGGCUCCCCAGUCAACCCCAAGUAAGGAUUCUUUCCACCCCAAUUCUCUUAUGAGUGCCAUGAUCCAACAGGAUGAGUCCAUCUAUCUGUGUCCUCCUUCCAGCCCUGCACCUUUAGACAGCCAUUUUCUCAUGGGCUCGGUGAGCGAGUGCAGUAGUUGGCAAGACAGCUUUGCAGCCACAGGAAGUGACGCUGUGCUGAAACAUGAGCCAAUUGGACAUGCUCAGGACAUGAACCUUGCACUCUCUGGAGGCCCCUCAGAGCUCUUUCCAGAUAGUAAAAGUAAUGACUUGUACAGCAUCAUGAGAAACCUAGGGAUUGAUUUUGAGGAUAUCAGAAGCAUGCAGAAUGAGGAGUUCUUCCGAACUGACUCCCCUGGUGAGGUUGACUUCAAAGACAUCGACAUAACGGAUGAAAUCCUGACCUACGUCCAAGAUUCUCUGAACAAUUCAACUUUGCUGAAUGCAGCUUGCCAGCAACAGCCUGUGACUCAGCACCUAAGCUGUAUGCUGCAGGAGCGCCUGCAGCUAGAGCAGCAGCAGCAGCAGCUUCAGCAGCACCCAACUCAGGCCCUGGAGGCCCAGCAUCAGCUCUGUCAGAUGGAGCAGCCCCAGGAAGAUCUGGGUCAGAAAACAAAGCACAUGCAAGUCAAUGGCAUGUUUGCUAGUUGGAACCCUACCCCUCCUGUGUCUUUCAGCAGUCCCCAGCAGGAACUACAGCACUAUAAUCUCUUUCCCAGCUUCCAGGGGACUGCUCAGGAAUUUCCCUACAAAUCAGAGUUGGACAAUAUGCCUUACACACAGAACUUUGUUCCUUGCAAUCAGUCUCUGCUACCAGAACAUUCCAAGGGUACACAGUUAGACUUCACUGGAAGGGAUUUUGAACCGUCCCUGCAUCCUACUACUUCUAACUUAGAUUUUGUCAGCUGUUUACAAGUUCCUGAAAACCAAAGACAUGGAAUAAACUCACAGUCAGCCAUGGUCAGUCCUCAAGCAUACUAUGCUGGGGCCAUGUCCAUGUAUCAGUGCCAGCCAGGGCCUCAGCACACCCCUGUAGACCAGAUGCAGUACAGCCCUGAAAUCCCAGGCUCCCAGGCAUUUCUAAGCAAGUUUCAGAAUCAGGGUGUUUUAAAUGAAACCUAUUCGUCUGACUUGAGCAGCGUUGGCCACACUCAGACUGCUGCUGCUCAUCUCCAUCACCUGGCAGAAGCCCGGCCUCUUCCUGAUAUCACACCCAGCGGAUUCCUGUAGCUCUGAGGCCAGGAUGGAAUCAGGAACAGGAUACCAGAACUGUGAGGAUUGGGCAUCAGUGUGCUUUCUCCAAAACAGAUUUCAGUCCUUGUGUUUAGAAACGGAGUUUAAAACCAUACCUGAGAUGUAGGUAUAGAUGUUACCUAUAAGAUGGGAAGCUCCGUGGGAGCACAGGGAGAGCUCACGGGCACCUCGGAGUGCUCAGUGCUUACUGUGGAGAACUCUCGGAGGAUUCCCUGCUCAGUAACUUCAGUUGGGAAAACAGUGAAGUACUUUGAGCUUUGAACUUCUGGAUUCUUGUUAGUUUACCAAAUACGGAGUCACAGGACUAAUCGAUUUUCUAUAUUUUUAACCUCUGUUUUUUGUCCCAGAUGUUAAAGUAAAUGGUUUGGUGCUUUUAUCAAAAGAAAAAUCUCAAUGUUUUCUUUCUGCACUGUUAAUUCAUAUAAGUGCCUCACGUUUUGUUUAUUUUUUUCUAUCUACCUGCAACACAAUAGGGUGUGUAUUUUAUACGAAAUAUUUUUUAUCUUUUUUGAAUUAAUAUUCUUUCUGCACACAGAAAGUUUCCCAAAUCCCAACAUUUUUUAUGAAUCCAGGCAUGUUUUUACUGCACUACUCACCCCUUUUCUUCAGAUAAAGGGCAAAUGAUAACUGAAAGUUAACUAUUUAUUAUGUAAUAUAGUCGCUUCUGGGCGUUAGAUGGUCCUCUGUGCCUUAUGUUGAAAAUUUUGAAGAUAACAUGUUGCCAAAAUUAUUUAAUUAUUACAUACUAUUAAGAGAGUAGCACUUGUAUUUUAACAGUGUUUUCUGAGAAGUGAGAUAAUGCCACUCUGGCUUUCCCUGACACCUCCAGAGUGGGAUCAGAAGGCCUCUAUAGAAACUGCUAAAGGCGCCUGAGUCCAUCAAGCUGCAGUGAAGGGAGGUCGGGUUUGUCCAGCUAGUUAGCUAACUUAAGCAGGGCACUCAUUUCAUUGUAUCUAAAUUAUCUUUUAAAAACUGUCUUGGGUCUGUAAUCCUUUUUGUUAUUUUGACUUUAUAAAUUCCACUUCUCAUAACUAGUGGAAACUAUUCAUUUUUCUCAUAUUUGAGGAGUGUUUGGGUGGAAGCUGCCAUGUUUGGUGUGAGGUAUUUUAAUGACUGAAAUUAAUGGUGCAUUGUAUAAAUGUGUAACGAACAAAAUAAUCUGUAAAAUAUUUUCAGUUUUCAUUUAAGAAUAGUUUUUACCUCAUGUGCGUUUUUUUUCAGUGUAUCUUGUUAAGAAAUCAAAUAAUGAAUUGAGGCUUUUGAGCUGGCAUUAAGAUGAAGAUAAAUACAGUUUGUUCACCUUCACAUAUUGUUUGUGUGAUACAACCCUUUGCUACCAAUAUGACAAAUUUUGUUGCUCUGCCAAAUAUACUGUUUUCAAACUGCUUAAAGAAAAAAAAAAUCCCAGUAUCUGUCAUUGUCUUUGUCAUUGCUUAGAUAUAAUAUAUGAAGGAUGUGGACCCGAAUAUGUUUUUCAUAUAUUGUAUAAAAAUCUGAUGAGAUCCCAAACUGAGAUGUAUUCAAAUAUAGCAGUGAUUCUCAACUUGUGAGUCGUGUCUCCCUUUGGAGAUAGACUGACCCUUUCACAGGGAUCGCCUAAGACCAUUGGAAAACACAGAGAUUUAUGUCACAGUUUAUAACAGUAGUACAGUUAUAGUUUUGAAGUAGCAAUGAAAAUAAUUUUAUGAUUGGGGUCACCACAACCCAAGAGACUGUAUUAAAGACCUCAUGGGGAUGUAAAUGAGACGGACUAAAUUAUGCCUCAGGUAGACCGGAGCCACUGAAAUUCACGCUCUUUUUUUUUUCUUUUAGAACAUUAAUGUAUGUAAACAUGCCUUUGGAUAAAAAGAUCUCUUACUUCUAUGCAUUUUCAGUCAAAAUUCUGAACCUUUAGGAUUAAGCAUUGAAAAACAACUGUCUAAAACAUUUCACAAUUUGCUUCCAGCAUGAGGUAUCAUGGAAGAUUUAGACCAGUGGUCUGAAUUAGUAUCUCGUUUUUCUAUGUAAACUUUUCAUUCAAAGUUGUCAUAGAAACUAUUUUGUCAGUCUCUUCUGCAUGUUACCAAAUGUUCAAUUAAAAAAAAAAAACAAAAACUUUGGACACUGUGAGUAUGGUGGCAUUUAAUUACACACUUAUCAGACUGAAAGGCUUAAAAGCAAUAUUGUAUGUUCUUACCUAUAUAAAAAUAGCUAAAACAUCUAAUAAAAUCACAUUAAACUGCAUAUUCGUUUGUCUGUAUUGCCAAGUGGAAAGAAUGCGUAAAGCACUGUUAUACUGAGGGAUUAAUUUCUAGAUGAAAUUCUAAGACUCUGUGUAUGUCUGACUGAAGUUCUUCUUUUCUAGGUGUUUCUUAUAGCACCUGAACACUUAGCCAAUAUGCCAUUGUAUCAACCUUUCAGUCAUUACUAUGCACAAGCUAGUUUGUUUCAGUAUCAGUAGGUCUUAGGUUUACAUCGCUUCUUGCUGUCCUUCAAAGUGUUAUUGCUUACAUAUGCCAUGCAUAGAUUUUGUUAAAGUAUGAUUUAUAAUGUCCUUAAAUAUCAAAGGAAAUGUAAACAGUGAUAUAAUAAACUAACCACCAAAUAUGAA